CAAAAGUCUGUAUCUCUGUCUAAAGGAGUCAAGGUGCUCGAUGACACGGUGAUGGCCACAGUUAAAGGCAAACCAGAACUCAAAAAGUACAGCCAACAGUGGUAAUUUGGCAGUGAAAGUCAUACUGGAGCCAGGCACAGUGGUAUGUGCCUAUAAUUGCAAUUGCUAGAGAUGCUGAAGCAAGAGGAUGACUUGAGUCCAGGAGUUCUGGGCUGUAGUGUACUUCGCCACUUAACUGUCUGCAUUAAUUUUGAUAUCACUAUGGUGACCUCUAGGGAUCAGGCGACCACCAGUUUGCCUAGAGAGGAAUGACCCGUCAAGGUCAGAAGUCAUCUUACUUUAAAGAAAAUGUGGAGAUUAUGGAAAAGGGUAAAGAAGAAACAACACAAUCAUAGGAAAAUCUUCAUUACAGAAGUGCUCUGGACGUCGUUAUGGAGGAGUUCUGCAACUCUACUUUUUGGAAUUCCUCAUUCCUGGAGAGACAAGAAGCAGACCUGCCACUUUGUUUUGAACAAACUGUUCUCGUGUGGAUUCCCUUGGGCUUUCUUUGGCUCUUGGCCCCUUGGCAGCUUUUCAGUGUGUAUCGAUCCAAGACCAAGAAGUCAUCUAUAACUAAAUUCUACAUUGCUAAGCAGGUGCUGGUCGUGCUUCUUCUGAUUGUAGCAGCCAUAGACCUGGCUCUUGCACUUACAGAAGAUUCUGGACAAGACACAAUUCCUCCUGUUAGAUAUACGAAUCCAAUCCUCUACAUAUGCACAUGGCUCCUGGUGUUAGUGAUCCAGCACAGCAGGCAGCGAUGCAUACAGAAGAACUCUUGGUUCCUGUCCAUAUUCUGGGUUCUCUCAAUCCUCUGCAGCACGUUCCAGUUCCAGACUCUGAUACGAGUGCUCCUGCAGGACAGCAAGUCUAACUUGGCCUAUUCCUGCCUGUUCUUUGUCUCCUAUGGAUUCCAGAUCAUCAUCCUUAUUCUUUCCACCCUUUCAGAAAAAAGCGACCCAUCACAUAAUCCAUCAUCCACGGCUUCAUUUCUGAGUAGCAUUACAUUUAGUUGGUAUGACAGCAUUGUUCUGAAAGGUUACAAGCAUCCGUUGACACUAGACGAUAUCUGGGAUGUUGAUGAAGGGUUCAAAACAAAGUCAAUCGCAAGCAAGUUUGAAGAGUUCAUGACAAAGGACCUGCAGAAAGCCAAGCAGGCUUUUCAGAGGCGGCGGCAGAAGAAGCUCCAGCAGAACCCUGAGGCCACGCUACACGGUUUGAACAAGAACCAGAGUCAAAGCCAAGAUGUUCUUGUCCUGGAAGAAGCUAAAAAGAAGAAAAAGAAGUCUGGGACCACAAAAGACUUUCCCAAAUCCUGGCUGAUAAAGUCCCUCUUCAAAACCUUCCAUGUGGUGAUCCUGAAAUCAUUUAUAUUGAAAUUAAUACAUGAUAUUCUUAUGUUUCUGAGUCCUCAGCUACUGAAGUUUCUCAUUGCCUUUGUGAGCAAUCCUGACACAUACACGUGGCUUGGAUAUGUCUCUGCAAUCCUGAUAUUUGUGGUGACUCUCAUCCAAUCUUUCUGCCUUCAGUAUUAUUUUCAGUUUUGUUUCGUGUUGGGGAUGACCGUACGGACAACUGUCUUGUCUUCUGUAUAUAAGAAGGCCCUGAGCCUUUCUAACUUGGCCAGGAGGCAGUACACCAUCGGAGAAACGGUGAACUUGAUGUCUGUGGAUGCCCAGAAGCUGGUGGAAGUGACCAACUACAUGCACCUGGUGUGGUCGAGUGUUUUACAGAUCGCCUUAUCCAUCUUCUUCCUGUGGAGAGAGCUGGGGCCUUCAGUCUUAGCAGGUGUUGGGGUCAUGGUUCUCCUCAUCCCAGUUAAUGGAGUGCUGGCUACCAAGAACAGGAAGAUCCAGGUACAAAAUAUGAAGUAUAAAGACAAGCGGUUAAAAAUCAUGAAUGAGAUUCUCAGUGGAAUUAAGAUCCUGAAAUAUUUUGCCUGGGAACCUUCAUUCAGAGACCAAGUCUAUGGCCUUCGGAAGAAAGAGCUCAAGAAUUUGCUGAAAUAUGGCCAGCUGCAGACUGUGAUGAUAUUCCUCUUACAAUUAACCCCAAUCCUGGUGUCUGUGAUCACCUUUACCGUUUACGUCCUGGUGGACAGCAACAAUAUUUUGGAUGCAGAGAAGGCUUUCACCUCCAUCACCCUCUUCAACGUCCUUCGAUUUCCUCUCACCAUGCUCCCCAUGGUGACCUCUUCAAUACUCCAGGCCAGUGUCUCUAUAGAUCGCAUAGAGAAGUACUUGGGAGGAGAUGACUUGGACACAUCUUCCAUUCACCAUGUCGGCAAUUUUGAUAAAGCUGUGCAGUUUUCAGAGGCCUCUUUUACGUGGGACCCGGACAUGGACCCAGCAAUCCGAGAUGUGAGUCUGGACAUAAAGCCAGGCCAAUUGGUGGCUGUGGUGGGCACUGUAGGCUCUGGGAAAUCAUCUUUGAUAGCUGCCAUGCUGGGAGAAAUGGAAACUGUCCAUGGGCACAUCACUAUCAAGGGCACCACUGCCUAUGUCCCUCAGCAGUCCUGGAUUCAGAACGGGACCAUCAAAGACAACAUCAUUUUUGGAUCAGAAUUCAAUGAAAACAAAUACCAGCAAGUUCUUGAAGCUUGUGCUCUCCUCCCAGACUUGGAAAUAUUGCCUGGAGGAGAUAUGGCUGAGAUUGGAGAGAAGGGUAUAAAUCUCAGCGGCGGUCAGAAGCAGCGAGUCAGCCUGGCCAGAGCUACCUAUCAAGACUCAGACAUCUAUAUUCUAGACGACCCCCUGUCGGCUGUGGAUGCUCAUGUUGGGAAGCACAUCUUCAAUAAGGUCAUAGGCCCCAAUGGCCUGUUGAAUGGCAAGACCCGAAUCUUGGUUACGCAUAGCAUUCACUUCCUUCCCCAAGUGGAUGAGAUUAUAGUUCUGGGGAAUGGCACCGUUUUAGAGAAAGGAUCCUAUCAGAAUCUGCUGAGCAAGAAAGGAGUGUUUGCUAAGAAUCUGAAGACAUUCGUGAAGCAUUCAGGACCAGAAGGAGAGGCCACAGUCAAUGAUGACAGUGAGGAAGAUGAUGAUGACUGUGGGCUGAUACCAACUGUGGAGGAAAUCCCCGAGGAUGCAGCUUCUUUGACCAUGAAAAGAGAAAAUAGCCUUCGCCGAACACUGAGCCGCAGCUCCAGGUCCAGCGGCAGGCACGUGAAGUCCCUCAAGGACUCCUUGAGAGUUAAGAAUGCCAAUGCUUUGAAGGAGAAGGAAGAGCUGGUGAAAGGACAAAAACUAAUUAAGAAGGAAUUUGUGGAAACUGGGAAGGUAAAGUUCUCCAUCUACCUGAAAUAUCUACAGUCAGUAGGAUGGUGGUCAAUAGCCUUUGUCAUCUUUUCCUAUGGAUUGAAUUCUGUUGCCUUUAUUGGAUCUAACCUCUGGCUGAGUGCUUGGACCAGCGACUCUCAAAACUUCAAUAGCACCAACUAUCCAACUUCUCAGAGGGACAUGAGAAUUGGAGUCUUUGGAGCUCUGGGAUUGGCACAGGGUGUCUUUGUGUUUAUUGCAAGUAUCUGGAGUGUAUAUGCUUGCAACUAUUCAUCAAAAACUUUGCACAAGCAACUGCUAACCAACAUCCUUCGAGCACCCAUGAGUUUUUUUGACACAACUCCCACAGGCCGGAUUGUGAACAGAUUUUCUGGUGAUAUUUCUACUGUGGAUGACAUACUCCCCCAGACUCUGCGGAGCUGGCUCAUGUGCUUCUUUGGCAUAAUUAGCACUCUUGUUAUGAUCUGCAUGGCCACGCCAAUCUUCGCUGUCAUCAUCAUUCCUCUUGCCAUUAUCUAUGUGUCUGUUCAGGUGUUUUAUGUGGCUACUUCCCGACAACUGAGACGGCUGGACUCUGUCACCAGAUCCCCAAUCUAUUCUCACUUCAGCGAGACUGUUUCCGGUUUGCCUGUUAUCCGUGCCUUUGAGCACCAGCAGAGAUUUCUAUCGCGCAGCGAGGGGCUGAUUGACACCAACCAGAAAUGUGUCUUUUCCUGGAUUACCUCCAACAGGUGGCUUGCAAUUCGUCUGGAGCUGGUUGGAAACUUGAUUGUCUUCUGUUCAGCCUUGCUUCUGGUUAUUUAUAAAAAUUCCUUGACUGGGGACACUGUGGGCUUUGUUCUAUCCAAUGCCCUCAAUAUCACACAAACCCUGAAUUGGCUGGUGAGGAUGACGUCAGAAGCAGAGACCAACAUUGUGGCUGUUGAGAGAAUAAAUGAGUACAUAAAUGUGGAAAAUGAGGCACCUUGGGUGACCGACAAGAGGCCUCCAGCAGAUUGGCCCAGCAAAGGUGAGAUCCGGUUUAACAACUAUCAAGUUCGGUAUCGGCCUGAGCUGGAUCUGGUCCUGAAAGGGAUCACUUGCCACAUCAAGAGCACUGAGAAGGUGGGCGUGGUGGGCAGGACCGGAGCUGGGAAGUCGUCGCUCACAAACUGCCUCUUCAGAAUCUUAGAGUCCGCGGGUGGCCAGAUCAUCAUUGACGGGGUCGAUAUUGCUUCCGUUGGACUGCACGACCUUCGAGGGAAACUGACCAUCAUCCCCCAGGACCCCAUCCUGUUCUCUGGGAGCCUGAGGAUGAAUCUAGACCCUUUCAACAAAUACUCGGAUGAGGAGGUUUGGAAGGCCCUGGAACUGGCUCAUCUCAAAUCCUUUGUGGAUGGCUUGCAACUCGGGUUGUACCAUGAAGUGACAGAGGGUGGUGACAACCUGAGCAUAGGGCAGAGGCAGCUCCUGUGCCUGGGCAGGGCUCUGCUUCUAAAAUCCAAAAUCCUGAUCCUGGAUGAGGCUACAGCUGCUGUGGAUCUGGGGACAGACAGCCUUAUUCAGACGACCAUCCGGAAUGAGUUCUCCAACUGCACAGUCAUCACCAUCGCCCACAGGCUGCACACCAUCAUGGACAGUGACAAGAUAAUGGUCCUAGACAGUGGGAAGAUUGUGGAAUACGGCAGUCCUGAGGAACUGAUGUCCAAAACAGGUCCCUUUUAUUUAAUGGCCAAGGAAGCUGGCAUUGAGACUGCCAACAACACAGAGCUCUAGCAGCUGGUUCCACAGCUACAGAACUGUGAGGAGCAUCCUUAUUUGCUUUUGGUUUUUGUGCCUAUGUCAUAGGUGCAACGAUACAUAGUUUGUUGCUAUUGUUCAGGUUGACCUCAAACUUUUAGGCUCAAGCAAACUCUAGUCUCAGCCUCCCACAUAAGAACAGAUGUUUGAAAGAGUAUCGUGUAUGGGUACUUACAUAAAUAUUACCAGGUACCUUAGCAGAUCCUCAAUGAGCCAGGAGAUAGCUCAGUUCUUAGAGUGUUUGUCUUGCAAGCAUGAGGACCAGGGUUUGGUCCCCAGAAAUCAUUUCUUUAAGUGGUCAUGGCUGGGCAUGAUUAUAAUGCUGGUGCUGGUCAGACAGAGUGAGGCAGACACCUGGGGCUCAAUGGCCAGCCAGCAUAGCCUGCCUGGAAAAUUCCAGGUCAGGAAGAGAUCCUGUCUCGAAAAAACCCCAGGUGAACAGCACCAAAGGGACACUUGAGGGCAAACUCUGGCCUCAACACACACAUACAUAAACAUGUGUGUACAUCGCAGAAAGAAGAGUCCUCAUUGCUCUGCCUUGAUUACUAUUUCUUGCUGCCCCCCCUCAAUACCCAGAAAUAACCGUUAACCUAAAUUCCACAAUUCUUUUGCCUGCUGUUUUAGUUUUGACCACCUUUGUAUGUAUGCUGUUUAUUCUGAUGUAAAUGGACUCGUAUUGCAUGUAUCAUAUGGCUUUACCUUUGCUCAACAAUACAUUUGCAGUUUGUCUGCAUUGAUGCACAUGGCGAGGUGCCUUCACUUUCACUGUUCACUGCUCUUCGGCAGGACAGCAUUAAUCACACUUAAUCUACUUACGUACUUGUGAAUGCUGGGUUUAUUUCCAGGGUUUCUGUUUUUCUAUUAGUAACAUUAGUACUAUGAACAUCCUGGGAUAACUGUGUUUAUUUCUCUAACGUCUAAUUUGGAAAUGGGGGUUAUACAAUGUUUACAUAUACAUCCUGAGCAGUUCCAGUUUAAACAAUGGCUACAACUAAGACCUCAUUUUGGGUUUACUGUGUGUGUCCCUGACUUCUGUGGAGGAUCAAUAUCUUUUUGUGUGUUUCUGGGACAUAUGGAUUUAUUAUAUAUUUUUUAAAAUGUUGUAUCUCAUUGUUUCAAUAUCUGCAUUCUUUCUCAUUUAUUAUUUUAAUGUUUAUUUUUACUCAUUGAUUCAUUUUUAAUUUUUAAAAGAUUUAUUUAUUGUAUUAUGAAUGUUUUGCCUUCAUGCAUGUAUGUGGACCACAUGUAUCAGAAGUCAGAAGUGGGCUGGAACUCCUGGAACUGGAUUUACAGACAGUUGUGAGCCACCAUGUGGGUGCUAGAAUCGGAGCCUGAGUCUUCUGUAACAACAAAUGUUCUUAACCAUGGUGCUGUCUCUCCAGUUCCCUCCCCCCAUAUACUAUUAUUUUUUAUUUUUGGUGUCUUAUUUCUUUGUAUGUCUCCCGAAUUUUUGUUGUGAGCAUCUUAUCUCCAUUACAAUUUGUUCUGGGAAUAUUCUUUGAGGUUGGAGUUAAAUCCAAACUCUAAGAAAAAUUUUGAAGGCUUCUGCCAGCCACCUGAGAUCUCCCCUAUACCUCUUGGGACUAAAUUCUCUACUAAGAGUCCAAACCAAGCAGCUCAGGCGACUUCAGAGCGCAGUCAUAUAUAAGCCCUGGUUUGUGAUGUACAAGUCUCAAGGAGAGUCCCUGCUUCAGUGUUAAGGUGGAGAUGGGCACGGGUUUCUGUGCUGUGGUUGACAUCUCAAUUCUACGUGGCCAUCUCAUGAGUAGCUAAUUGAAGACUCCAGUCUAUCAAAGGAGUCUGUGUGGGUUUCUCUCAGCAUUAUCUCUUAGUUGGUGUCCUGUAUUAUCAACAGAAGUAGACUUAAGCUUUCUGAGUUUGGAAGCCUUUGUCCCAGCCUCACGAUGCCUUUCUGUGUUACACUGGAGCAUCAUUGUAUUCUUCCAGUUGAGGAGGUAAUGAGGAAGACUUUAAUCUUUCUAGCACCUCACUGUUAAGUGAGGGUCUCAGAGGAAUGGUAUAAAGCUAAAGUAGCCAGAGUCUCCUUGCCCUGGCAGUCGCCAGUUGCAUCUCUUAUCCAAAUCACGGCUCUCCCCUCCCUUCUAAAAGUUGCUCAUAUUAGGUAACACUGCACAGGUUUCCAGCACAUUAACGGUGAUCAAUAGAGUGGUGUAAAUAUCAAACAGCUCAGGUGUAUUACAAAUAGUUCAUCAUUAGUGACUAGUUUUCUAAGAUAGCUUUUGAAAUGUUACCAACUUACUCAAAACUAGCUCCUAUAGCUGCAAAUCAGUAUAUAUGAAUCAAAGAUUCUAUCAAUUGUACCCAUCGUCGUAUGUACCAUAGAAAGAACAUGGUACACUUGUUCGUGGCGUGCCUUGCAUGAGAUACCCCCCCCCUUUUUGUGGUGGCGGGGGAAUGGCAUUUGAGGGUUGAUUGAUAGAAUUCUGCACCUCUGUUGGAACUAAGCUGCAUCUCAGCUAUUUCCAUUUGCUCCUUUACUCCAGUAUCACUACCAACGUCAAUUUCUUUUUCACCACCAGAUACUGUUUGCACCAUUUGUUUUACCUCAUCAUUGGAAUUAUAAGUAAUAGAAUUUUCUUGUUCUGUAAUUUUAAAAUAUCCUUAUCUUCUUCCCAAGCACAUUCUAAAUAAAUACAGUUCUCUGGUUUCUUGAAACAAGUUUCCAGGCACACAGCAUUUGGGGACACAAGAGGAGCUUUUGGAAACCAGAGGAACAGUUUACACCUGUUGAGAGCUAACUGCCAAAACCAAGACAUGCACUAGAAUAAAGCAUUUCAAAUGAAAGAAGAGAGCCCUACCAUUGCCCCCAUUUAUUUCUCCGACUAAAUGGCCCAGGCUGAUCCUUGUAUCUUAUCACCAGGGAGCUUAGAUUGAUGACCUGUUCUAUUUAUUUAGCAUCUAUUAAGUGUCUGACAUUUUAAAGCAUUUUAAUAUAAAUAAAGGUAUUUUAUUUAAAUAAA